UGACCACACACUCGCGAGGCGGCCGCUACAAAUGCGCCCAGUGUGGCGUUGGCUUCCCAACGCCCUGGAGCCUGAACGACCACAAGCGCUCUGUGUGUGUCACCGCCACCUUCGACUGCGCCCAGUGCGGGAAGCGGUUUGCGUCGCUCCGCGAGCAGUACCGCCACCGCCUCACCCACAAGACCAACACCUGUUUUCAAUGUGGGGCGGGCUUUAGGACCCAGCUGGAACUGACCCGACACCACAAGACCCACUGGGCCCAGCCGCUGCACCAGUGCUGCCUGUGCGGCAAACGCUUCCGCCUCCUCUCCAGCCUGACCAAUCACAAGCAGACUCACUCGUCCGGCGGCGGCUUUGCCUGCACCCAGUGCGAGCGUGUGUUCGGCUCGGCGAAGGAGCGCGACGCCCACCGGCAGAUGCACCGCGUACCCAAACUCGUCUGCCCUGUCUGCAGUGAGACAUUCACCUCGCAGGCCAAACUCAUCAAYCACCAGCAGACCCAUCCGGUCCCAGAGGGGAGCGAGGGCCAGAGGUACAAGUGCCGUUACUGUGAGGAGACGUUUACAGGCCUGACCCUCAUGAGGAUCCACCAGAGAAGCCAUCUUGUGGACAGACCUCAUCAAUGUGACCAGUGUGAGAAGAGCUUCACUACUCUGGGGUCCCUCCAGUCCCACCUCAGAACCCACUCGGAGGAGAAGCCCUUUCUCUGCGCCCACUGCGGCAAGCGCUUCCGGACCAAAGACGGCAUGGAGGGACACCUCCGAAUCCACACGGGCGAGAAGCCCUUCCACUGCUCCUACUGCGGGAAACGCUUUACGGCGCUCGCCGGGUUGAACGUUCACGUGCGGCGGCACACGGGCGAGAGGCCGUACGUGUGUGAGGUGUGCGGAAAGGCGUGGCCRUCUGGUGGGGACUUGCAGAAACACAUGCGCUGUCACACAGGAGAGAGACCUUACAGCUGUGUUGACUGUGGGAAGACAUUCUCCAUAUCCUGUCACCUGACAGAACACAUGAAGACACACUCAGGUCAGAAACCGUUCUCUUGUCCAGAGUGUGGAAGAGCCUGAAGAGGAAGUUUGAUCUGAAGAAGCACCUGUUGACUCACUC